AUGACCGCCACAACCGUAACGAGUUCAACGACAUCCUCAACGUCAACAACUUCAUCAACAACGACUACGACAACAUCUUCAACUUCAACAACGACAUCUUCAACGUCAACAACUUCAUCAACAACGUCCACAACAACAUCUUCAACUUCAACAACGACAUCCUCAACGUCAACAACUUCAUCAACAACAACAUCUUCAACAGCAACAACUACGACGACAUCCACAACUUCAACAACUCCAGCUCCAGAAUGGUCGAACACUGGCAGUAUGAGUAAUAGUCGAUAUUUCCACCAAGCAUCCAUGUUAACAAAUGGAAAGGUGUUAAUUACUGGUGGCAUGUCUCCUUCUUCUUUGAAUAGUGCUGAAUUGUUUGAUCCGGCAACAGGAGUAUGCACAGCCGCUGCUAAUAUGAUUUAUUCUCGAGCUUACCAUACGGCAUCCGUAUUAGCGAGUGGAAAAGUGCUAGUUACUGCUGGAUCUGGUAGUGGUGGGAUUUAUAACGCCGAACUGUAUGAUCCAUCAACAGGAGUGUGGACACUCACUAGUAAUAUUAACAGAGAUCGAUAUAUACACACAGCAUCCGUUUUAACAAAUGGGAAAGUGUUAGUUACUGGAGGAUCUAGUAGUGGUUUUGCUACAAAUACUGCUGAAUUGUAUGAUCCAUCAACAGGAGUAUGGACAGUAACUGGUAAUAUGAACUAUGCUCGAUAUUACCACGCAGCAUCCUUAUUGGCAAAUGGAAAAGUGUUAGUUACUGGUGGGUCUGGCGGUAGUGGUAGCUAUUUAAAUAGUGCUGAACUGUUUGACCAGGUGACAGGAUUAUGGACAGUCACUAGUAGUAUGAAUUAUGCUCGGCAAGUACACACAGCAUCCGUGUUAACAGAUGGAAAAGUGUUAGUUACUGGUGGAUCUAAUGUCGGUGGUCUUACAAACACUGCUGAGUUGUAUAAUCCAUUAACAGGAGUGUGGACAGUCACGGGGAAUAUGAACUAUGCUCGAUAUUAUCACACAGCAUCUGUCUUAGCAAAUGGAAACGUGUUAGUUACAGGUGGGAUUAGUAGUAUUAUUUAUACAAGUAAUGCUGAGCUGUAUAAUCCAUCAACAGGAUUAUGGACAGUCACUGCUAAUAUGAGCUAUCCUCGAUACGCACACACAGCAUCUGUGUUAAGCAAUGGAAAAGUAUUUGUUACUGGUGGAUUUGAUGGUACUGUUUAUUUAGCUAAUUCCGAGUUAUACCAACCUUAA